CUUUACCUCUGAUCUGGGUUCAAUCCCUGUCACCUCAUAGGAUCCACAGAGCCCUGCCAGAACUGAUCCCUGAGCACAGAGCCAGGACUAAGACCCUCUGCACUUCACACAGGCAUAGACCAUGAAAAAGAAUGCCAUCAUUGACUUCAAGGCUUUGGAGAGAGAGUUGCAGGCUGCACUUGAUGCUGAUGAGAAAUACAAAAGGGAGAAUGCGGCCAAGUUUCGAGCAGUGGAACAGAGGGUGGCUUCCUAUGAAGAAUUCAGGGGUAUUGUCCUUGCUUCACAUUUGAAGCCACUGGAGAGAAAGGACAAAAUUGGAGGGAAGAAUACUGCACCCUGGAAUUGCCACUAUACUCUGGAAAGAGCCCCCGAGGAGGAGACCACUGAUUUCUCCCAGGAGAAACCGCCCUUCCAGCCCGAGACCUCGGCGGAGUUCUACCGCGACUGGCGGCGACAUCUGCAGGGUGGCCAGGAGCGCUACCAGGCUCUGCUGCAGCUCGGGGGCACAAAGCUGGGCAGCCUCUUCCGCACCGACGUGGGCUUCGGGCUCCUGGGGGAGCUGCUGGCAGCGCUGGCGGACCACGUGAGGCCAGCAGACCGGCCGCGGGUGCUGGACAUCCUGCUCGGCCUGGCCCACACGGGCCGCUUCGCCCUGAACCUCAGCCUCCUGAGCCCAGCCGAGCGGCAGAGUUGUCGGGGCUUGUUUCAGAAGCUGCAGGCCAUGAGCAACUCCGUCCCCGAGGUGGGGCUCAGCCAGGGGGAACGGGGUCCGGAGGGGCGGCAGCCUGGUGAGUUCUGGGAGGAAGACGGGCUCCUGCAAGAGCUGCUGGGGCUGUACCAAGUGGACUGACAAGACCAGCUGCCUUCAGCGGCCCCAGGGGUCACAGGAGGCAGUUUUUAGUCUGGGGCCUUGGAGUAUCCUGAUGGGACGGGUGGAAAGUGCAUGCCUCAUCCCUUCCUCAACUGGAGCCUUUCAGAGAAUAGAAUAAAACCUUCCCCACUUCUCCGACCCUUUAGCCACUUGAUGCUCAGAGCUGUGCAGGUCCAGGGAAGCCCUGGCAAUCAAACUCAUGAACCACCUCCGCCGCCACCAUAUAAGUUGAUCCUACUGGCCUUGUUCCAGAGACUCAAACAUAAAUCUCGAAAGAGAUCAACUAGCCACAAAAAAUUUCUUGGAUACAACCCAAUUAAAACUUGAACUCCAGGGGCCGGAGCAAUAGCACAGCGGGUAGGGCAUUUGCAUUGCAUGCGGCCGACCCGGGUUCGAUCCCCAGCAUCCCAUAUGGUCUUCCCAAGCACCGCCAGGAGUAAUUCCUGAGUG